UGAUAGGCACACUAUUAUUAAUAGGUAAGGUAAAUUCAUUAAUAGGAUAAUAGUUUUAUUGUAAAGGUUUUCAUUGAUAAGAUAAGAAAUACAGCUGGAGCUCCUCCCCUGAAGGUGUAAUAAGAGCGACGGUCACUGAAGGGUGUCUCGCUCCCCGGGAGUGUGGCUCACGAUGUGGCUCGCGCCUGCGCCGGGGGUCACUGGUGACUGUGUUACCAGGCUGCUUAGUGAAGCAAGACAAUUUACACAACGACACCACAGAUGGCCGUGACGUCCAGGAAGGCAUCAGUCUCUACGGACCAGUCAUCACUGGUCAUCAUCUCGAAGGCUGCCCAUGCAUCAUCAGCCUCUUCGGUGAUGGCGGCCACCAAUUCGGCGGAUGGGCAUGGAUCAUCAGCCUCUUCGGUGAUGGCAGCCACCAAUUCUGCGGAUGGGCAUGGAUCAUCAGCCUCUUCGGUGAUGGCGACCACCAAUUCGGCGGAUGCCCAUGGAUUAUCAGCCUCAUCAGACGAGUCAUCACGGGUCGUCACUUCCAAGAGUGUCCAUGGAUCAUCAGCCUCAUCAGACGAGUCAUCACGUGUCGUCACUUCCAAGAGUGCCCAUGGAUCAUCAGCCUCAUCAGACGAGUCAUCACGGGUCGUCACUUCAAAGAGUGCCCAUGGAUCAUCAGCCUCAUCGGUGAUGGCGGUCACCAAUUCGGCGGAUGCCCAUGGAUCAUCAGCCUCCACGGACCAGCCAUCACGGGUCAUUGUUUCAAAGGCUGCCCAUGAAUCAUCAGCCUCCACGGACCAGUCAUCACGGGUCAUUGCUUCAAAGGCUGCCCAUGAAUCAUCAGCCUCGACCAUAGCAGCGGAAGUCACCAAGUCUGGGGCUGCCCAUGAAUCAUCAGCCUCCACGGACCAGUCAUCACGGGUCAUUGCUUCAAAGGCUGCCCAUGAAUCAUCAGCCUCGACCAUAGCAGCGGAGGUCACCAAGUCUGGGGCUGCCCAUGAAACAUCAGCCUCCACGGACCAGUCAUCACGGGUCAUUGCUUCAAAGGCUGCCCAUGAAUCAUCAGCCUCGACCAUAGCAGCGGAGGUCACCAAGUCUGGGGCUGCCCAUGAAACAUCAGCCUCCACGGACCAGUCAUCAUGGGUUGUCACUUCAAAGGCUGCCCAUGCAUCAGCCUCGACCAUAGCAGCGGAGGUCACCAAGUCUGGGGCUGCCCAUGAAUCAUCAGCCUCCACGGACCAGUCAUCAUGGGUCGUCACUUCAAAGGCUGCCCAUGCAUCAGCCUCAUCGGUCCUGGCCACUCCGUCAGUGGCCGCACGCGGUGCAGGGCUCACCGCCCGGACGGGCUCGCCACACCGCCUCCCGUUGCACCGGAGGCUGGUGAAGGCGGACCCGUCGUCACAGAAGAGAGAGAAGUGGAGGCCGCUGAUGUUGUCCAGCAGCCAGGCCAGCGGCAUGGAAGAGGUGAAGACUGGCUUCCUAAGCGAGGCGCAUUGCACCCUGACGGCCGCGUUCCCGUCUUUCUUGCACAGCUUCGCCAAGGGCACACGCAGCUCACCCUCGGCGUGGCAGCCUUGAAUCCCUGCGACGCAAGACCAGCCUUCCACGUGGAGCUUGACGGAGGCGACCGUACGCCUCCUCUUCAGGCAGCAGGUGGAGUCCUUGCACGAGAGCUUGAUGGAGUCCACCAGGGAGGAGCCUCGCUCCAGGGUUACCCACACGUUGAAUUUCUGUCGAGAUGCAGAGUUUCCCAUCGUUGCUUCGAUGUGAUAUAAAAAAUAUCCGUAUAUCGAGGAAAUCAGUGUUAGGUAAUAAAAGGAGGUGCUAUGUCCAUGAAGACCGACUGGCCUCCAGCAAAUUCUUUCUGCUGUAAUCUUGCCUAGUCGGCUAAGUAGUGCAGUUCACGCGUCGGAUGGCGGGUAACAGGGCUGCAGCAACACGCUUCUUCAUGUUGUUUAAUAAUAAUUAACAAAAUAAAGGAAAAUUCAAAU